GAGGUGCUGAGGAUGUGACAUAAAUAACCCUGCACUAUUGUCCUUUUCCAGACUUCUUUGUGCCAGCUAAAUCUCUGCGAGUCAACAUGUCACGGUCAUCACGGAAUAUUUACCUUUCCACGUAGACCCAACAACUUUGAUCAAGCAGACUCUUUGACACUUCUUUGACACUUUCUAUUACUUUCCAAGAAUUUUCCCCAACUGCUGUCUAUUUUCUUCCAGAGGACAAGGUGUUUGGUGGAGACUGAACCGGCCCCUCUGUAGACUUCAGGCCUGUACAGGCUGUAGGGACUCAGUAGCACUAGCAGCAGCCACAGGAGGAUAGCCAUGGUGCUGAUCCUGGGCCGCAGACUGAACUCGGGGGACUCGGGCGUGAGCCGGGACUCGCCGGCCGUGAAGCGCAAGGUGUUCGAGGUGGACCCCAAGAACCUGGGCGGCGGCGGCGGCGUCGACACGUACGACUUCUGCUCGGGCGGCCUGCACGGCGAGGGCAUCCUGCAGGCCUUCAACGAGUUCCGCGACAGCCGCCUCUUCACCGACGUGGUGAUCUGCGUGGAGGGCCGGCAGUUCCACUGCCACCGCGCCGUGCUCUCGGCCUGCAGCAGCUACUUCCGCGCCAUGUUCUGCAACGACCACCGCGAGAGCCGCGAGAUGCUGGUGGAGAUCAACGGCAUCCUGGCCGAGGCCAUGGAGAGCUUCCUGCAGUACGUCUACACCGGCCGCGCCAAGAUCACCACCGACAACGUGCAGUACCUCUUCGAGACCUCCAGCCUCUUCCAGAUCUUCCCGCUGCGCGACGCCUGCGCCAAGUUCCUGGAGGAGCAGCUGGACCCCUGCAACUGCCUGGGCAUCCGCCGCUUCGCCGACACCCACUCGCUCAAGCAGCUGGCCAGCCGCUGCCGCAGCUACACGCUGGCCAACUUCAUGGAGGUGGCGCAGCACGAGGAGUUCCUGGACCUGCGCAAGGAGGAGCUGGAGGAGUACAUCGCCAGCGACGAGCUGACCAUCGGCAAGGAGGAGACGGUGUUCGAGGCCGCCAUGCGCUGGGUCUACUUCGCCACGUCCGAGCGCAAGCCCAUGCUGAAGGAGCUGCUGCAGCACGUGCGGCUGCCGCUGCUGCACCCCAACUACUUUGUGCAGACGGUGGAGGGCGACCGGCUGAUCCAGGUGGACCCCGAGUGCUACCAGCUGCUGCACGAGGCCCGGCGCUACCACGUGCUGGGCAACGAGAUGAUGUCCCCCCGCACGCGGCCACGCAGGUCCACAGGUUUCUCUGAGGUAAUAGUGGUGGUGGGAGGCUGCGAGCGAGUGGGUGGCUUCAACCUGCCGUACACCGAGUGCUACGACCCCGUGACCGGCGAGUGGAGGUCUCUGGCCAAGCUGCCCGAGUUCACCAAGUCCGAGUAUGCUGUCUGCGCUCUGCGGAACGACAUCCUCGUCUCAGGGGGUCGCAUCAACAGCAGGGACGUGUGGAUGUACAACUCACAGCUCAACCUGUGGAUCAGAGUGGCCUCACUCAACAAGGGACGGUGGCGCCACAAGAUGGGCGUGCUCCUGGGCAAGGUGUAUGCGGUAGGCGGGUACGACGGGCAGUGCCGCCUGAGCAGUGUGGAGUGCUACGACUCCUUCUCCAACCGCUGGACCGAGGUGGCGCCCAUGAAAGAAGCCGUCAGCUCCCCGGCCACCGCCAGCUGCGUCGGCAAGCUCUUCGUCAUAGGGGGCGGGCCCGACGACUACAACUGCUCAGACAAGGUCCAGUGCUAUGACCCCGAGACAGACACCUGGUUGCUAAGGGCCAGCAUCCCCAUCGCUAAGCGCUGCAUCACUGCCGUCUCCCUCAACAACCUCAUCUACGUGGCGGGGGGUCUGACCAAGGCCAUCUACUGCUACGACCCCAUCCAGGACUACUGGAUGCACGUGGCCAGCACCUUCAGCAAGCUGGAGAGUUGCGGCAUGUCUGUGUGUAACGGUAGGAUCUUCAUCCUGGGCGGCCGCGGCGAGACGGGUGAGGCCACGGACAGCAUCCUGUGCUACGACCCGGCGUCCGGCAUCAUCACCGGGGUGGCCGCCAUGCCCCGGCCCAUCUCCUACCACGGCUGCGUCACCAUCCACCGCUACAACGACCCUCCAAAGUCCCUUCGGCCCUGACGGGCACACUAGAGACCGAUGCGUGCACAGUGCACACACACACACAUGCAUGCAUACAUACACAUACACAUGCACUGACAUACAUACUGUACACACACUUGUAGACAGAGGCACACUACUUGCCGACUUACAUGAACACAUAAAAAUGACAUAGGAAUGACAUAAACACACACACACACACACACACACACACACACACACACACACACACACACACACACACACACACACACACACACACACACACACACACAAGCACACACGCAUCACAAGUACAAUAACAACGGACCCACAUAAUUGUAAAAUAAUAAAGGACCCACAUAUUUACACAUACACACAAGCACUUGUGGAUACACUAUAGGACCCAUGUACAUGUACAUAGAAAAAAACAAAAGCCACAGAAUUGUAAUACAAAGACACACCUUCUUUUUUCCAGCGAGCUCCUUCGGAACUCCUUUAUUUACAGUUUUUAUGUUCUUAGCUGAUGGCUUUCUCUGUCCUAUAUUGAUGUGGCUGACGUGUGUGUGUUUGCGAGUGUGUGUGUGUGUGUGAGCGGCCUGAGUGCCACUGACCUGUGUUAGAGUACACACCUCGCCACACCACACCUUUCAGUGGAGGUCAGAGGUCACUUUUCCUCGGAGCCCGGGACUGAAACAAGCACCAAGAAACUUAUCACCAUCACGAUCCGGGUGGGAAAAAGAUCUGUUCUGCUGAACAGCCCGAGCAGUAAGGGAUGACUUUCUUUCCUCAUCUCUUUCCUCCUCCUCCUCCUCCUCCUCCUCGGGUUUCCUGGUCAAAGCAGUAACGCCGGAACCAGGUUCUGUUGAGUUCCGAUGAGUUCUUGUGGGUUCUGAUGGGUUCUCAUGAGUUCUUGUGCAGUUCUGAUAGCAGGUUCCUUCAUGGCACUGUUCUGUUCGGUUCUGGUGUGUUUUAUUUUUUUAAAUGUGGCUUCCUAUUUGUCGAUCACUAUAUCAGGUCUUUUUACACUUCCCUUGUCUUUCUUGUCAUUGUGUUUUUGCCCUCAUAUUGUGAAAUACGUGUUGAUUUGAUUCAUUUUUUAUAUCUUAAGUUAUGUUUUUUGUAAGCUGUUUUACGACAUGUAGCAUAAAGAGUUCUGGUAUACAUGUAUAGAUGAUGAUGAUGUGUGUGUGUGUAUGUACUGAUGGUAGUGUCGUGUGAAGGGUAGAUGGGGGGGGUGAGUUAUUUUACAGUACAGUAGUUCUUUCUGUAGUUGAGCAUAUGUGAGACCACACACGGGGCAGGCUCUCUGUCAUCCUAGCAAUCUUUGAAACACAUAAAUGAUUAUACAAAAUUGCGUGCGCAACUAUAAAGCGCAUAUUAUAAUGCAGAAUUACAUGCGCAAAUAUUAAACAGAAAUUAAUAUACAGAAUUUCAUGCGCAAUUAUAUACGUGCAAUAUACUGAGAAGACAAAAGGCUACUUUGUACACAACUAACUUUUAAGUACCGUACAAACACAGCUUAAUGCUUAAGUUCCUGCACAAGAACAGUUUUUAUCCUAUUUUGAUUCUGACUUUUGAAGCCUUGCAAAUUGUUUGUAGUCAACCUGCAUGGCAACUCAUUUAGUUAAAAAAUAAAAUAAAACCGUUACGCACGGAAUUGUAACUACAGGUCCAAGGCCUUUGUCUGACUCAAAGGCCUUUGAUAUCUUCUGCUCAUCUUUGAACAGGGGUGCGCUUCUCGAAACCAUAGUUGCUAACUACGCUAGCUACUUUGUUGUUUCUAAUGCAAUUUCACAUUGACAACUAUGCUAGUUGCUAACUGGCUAACAACUAUGCUUUCGAGAAAUGCAUCACAGUAUUGAUACUGUUUCACACUGCAGAGAUGCCUAAACUGUGUGUGUGUGUGCGGUAGCGGGCGACGUCCUUGCAUACAUGUAUCGAGUCUAGUGCUCAAUAGUUCCUUAGUGCUGGUGGGGGGUUCGAGUGAUGGUGAGGUUGGUUGCGUGCUAGUGAGGAUUGAAUGCGUUAAAUCCAUAACGGUCAGUAAAUGUCCUGUACCUGUACAUCGAUGAUGAGGCUGGAAUGGAAUUUUGUAUUGCUGUGAAACCAUGUUUUUGUUUUGUAUUUAAUAAGUGUAUUUCUUUUAUUUCCUUUGUAUUGCCGAUUGUGCCUUUCUGAUUUUCCUUCAGUCAAUGAGAGCCCCAGUUAUGCACUUGUAUGGAUGGGAAACAAACAAAUGCGCGAUUGCUUUCUUUUAUUUUAUUUUUUAAAAUGUUAUGAUUGAAGAAACGUAGAAAGUCCUUACCUUUUCCAGUUAACUUCUGAUUCUCAGACACUGCAUGUGUACACAUCGGUCUGUCUGUGUGCAGUGUUGCCAAAUUAGCGACUUUGUCGCUAGAUUUAGCGACUUUUUUACGGCCCUGGCGACGAAAAACCUCAUCUAGCGUCUUCAGCGACUUUUUAUUGCAUCUGGCGACUUUUAAAAACGCGCAUUUUCAGUGACAAAUUCAUAGUUCUUUCCACUUAAUUCUGACUCUGCGCCGCUGUCAGAAGCAUUUCCCACGGUUAAGCAGGGCUGCAGAUUAGCUCUGAUCUCUAAAAAGUAGCUAGCUCCGCCCAUUUCUACUGUGGACGAAGGCAUUGGGGCAAGUUUUUUGUAGAUCAGCGCGCCGUGCGUGACGCUGUGACGUCAUACAUAACGCCAUGACGUCAUCUAGCGUCUUUUCAGCAAGCCAAUAGCAACUUUGGCUGAUUUUCUUUUGGCAACACUGUCUGUUUGUGUGUAAUGUGUGUGUGUGUGUGUGUGUGUGUGUGUGUGUGUGUGUGUGUGUGUGUGUGUGUGUGUGUGUGUGUGUGUGUGUGUGUGUGUGUGUGUCUUGGGUGACUGCUAAGAACGAUCAGGGGUGGUGUAAAAAGGCCACCUCCAAACCCAACUGCAUACUGGCAGAUGUGAAAGUGCUCUCAUCUGUAUUUACUCUCUGGCCAGUAGGAAUGUCAGGAGGGCCUGGCUGGAGAGAGGGAGAGAGAGAGAGAGAGAGAGAGAGAGAGAGAGAGAGAGAGAGAAUAUCACUGGCAGAUGAGCACCAUGAUGGAGUUGAAGCCAUAAUUAACCCAGUUUAGCUCAGAUGCCAGGCAGCCACCAACCCCACCCUACACACACACCCCCCCCUCCACCCCCUACGCCCCCCCCCCCCCCCACCACCCCCACCCCUCCGUCUCCAUCGUCAUCCACAGAUAGGGACAGGAAUGCUCCUGGCACGGCGCACGGAAAUGUUGGAGCUUCAGAGUCUCAGAGGAUCUUUCACACGCACGCACGCACGCACACACACACACACACACACACACACACACACACACACACACACACACACAAACAUUCACACACAGACGAUGUUGAGGUAUUUAGACCCUGGAGACAGACGGACCACGUGUGGUGUGUGCUUACAUCCUGCAGUGCAGUGUACAGUAUGCACGUGAGAGGGGUUGGUACAUCUUUCAUUGGGGGCUGUCAUCACAGCCGAGAUUCACCAGCUGUUGGGGGAGGGGAGAGGGGUACUAAUAAUACCCUUCAGUUACUACUCUUUCCUUUAACGUUCAAAUGAUUUCUCCUGUUUCAAAGGUUGUGGAAAUGUGUCUGUUUGAGAUGUGUUAUUAUAUACGUUAGUUCUAUGAUGCAAGUUUUAGUUUGUGUGUGUUUUUUUUUUUUGUAUGGGUGGAAUUUUGUGUGGGAGGGAGGGGUUGGAUUCCAGCCCCCUGAUGUAUUUGUAUUUGCUGUCCUACUACUAUGUGUGCAUGUAGGCUAGUAGGACUGAAUUACGAAAAAGCUUUAACAAAGAGUGUCAGGCACAAACGCAAGUGCGAUCAAGUCACCAGGGAUGCGUUUCUCGACAGUGUCGUUGCUGACUAAGUUAGCAACUUACUUACAGUAGUUGCAAUGCAUUUUCCCAUUGGCAACUUACUAAGUUGCUAACUGGUUAGCAACGAUGCUUUUGAGAAAUGGGGUCCAGGAUUAGUCUCUGUCUUAGCCUGGGAUCAGGCACAAUAAUAAAUGGCUGAUUUUUUUUUAUUUUUUUUUAAUUGAGUGAUAAAAGUGUGUGAUGAUGAACCGAGGGGAGGUUGAGUGGUUGAGAGAACGAGUGCCUUUGCCCAAAUGUACAUGGAUGUCCAUGUGCCAUGCAGAGGGGUACACGAAUGUUUGAAAGGUGGCAUGGCACCUCGGAGUACAAAAAAUAAAACCCAAAAUCCACAAACAUCCACAAACUUACAAGGACGUUGUUGUCUUGCUAAGUGCAAGGCAGAGCAGCGGAGGCUGACUCGUGGAGUACCGUUACUAUCGUUAUGACUAAUGGCUGUAUAUUAAAAUUUACAGUCGUUAAUUAUAACGAACACAUAUUUACAUUGGCGGUCAGUUUAGUAAACAAUAGGGGCCCUGUAGUCCCCAAGGGGUGACAAGUGGGUGAAAUGUGCCUCACAGAUGCCUUGUGGGAAAUGGAACUGCCAUUGUGUGAUGUGAGUUGCCAUUGUGUCUCUCAUACAGUAAGUGCCUGAUGAUUGACUUCCUCGCUGUUUGUUUUUCUCUUGCUGACGAGUAUGUUUGUACAUUUGUAAUGCUAAAAUAAACUCCCUUUGUAUGCAAAA